AUGUCGCCCUUUAUGUUGCCUCAAGAAUUCAGUCUUGCCGAUGUCAAGUCACACAAUACCGAGGAUAAUAUUUACAUCGCUAUUCACGGCAAGGUCUACAAUGUAACUUCUUUCCUACAAGAACAUCCCGGAGGCGCAGAAUUUCUGCUUGAAGUUGCGGGUGAAGAUGCUACAGAAGCCUACGACAAUGCCGGACACUCAGACGAAGCACAUGAGAUUCUCCCCGAGCUUGAAAUUGGCACCUUGAAGCUGGACCCAGCCUCCAAAAUGGAUCCUGUACAGCAACUACCUGAUCCUAUUGUUCAGCACGCAAAGGAGACUGGUAUGAAGAUCCUGAAACCGGACGUCUUUCAAGAGUUUGAACUUGAAGAAAAGACUCUUGUUUCUCACAACGUCGCUAUAUACCGGUUCAAGCUACCCAGACCCGACUCCAUCUUCGGUCUGCCCAUUGGCCAGCACAUUUCCAUCGGAGAAAUGAUACCCCAACCCGACAGAACGACAAAAGAGAUCAUUCGGUCCUACACACCAAUAUCAGGCGAUCACCAACCUGGAUAUUUUGAUCUCUUGAUCAAGACAUAUCCUCAAGGGAACAUAUCUCAACAUGUGGCCUCGCUUAGAACAGGAGACAAGAUCAGAAUCCGCGGACCAAAGGGUGCUUUCAUCUACACACCCAACAUGGUUCGUCAUUUUGGCAUGAUUGCUGGCGGCACUGGUAUAACGCCCAUGCUCCAAAUCAUACGAGCAAUUAUACGUGGGCGAGGCGACGGUGACAAGACCGAAGUUGAUCUCAUCUUUGCCAAUGUGAAUGUUGAGGAUAUCCUACUAAAAGAGGAUUUGGACGAAAUUAGUCAAGAUGCCGGCAUUCGAGUCCACUUUGUCCUUAAUAAUCCACCCGAGAACUGGACUGGUGGAGUUGGUUUCGUCACAGAAGAGAUGACACAGACUUGGCUACCGAAGCCGGAGAAGGAUGUCAAGAUAUUACUAUGCGGACCUCCUCCUAUGGUCAGUGGAAUGAAGAAAAUCACAGAGAGUCUAGGGUUUGACAAGGCGCGGCCUGUCAGCAAAUUAGAGGACCAGGUAUUUGCUUUUUAG